CUCAGUUAUUACAUACGCUGCUGUCCUUAUGGACUUUGUCCUAGCAGUCAUCAUAUACCUAUCCUUCCGGAUUUCGACGUUCCUACGCAAUGGCGGUCACUUUCACCUUCAACCAUUCUUUUACCUUGUGUUGCCAUGGAGUUGCUUCAAAGUUUACUUCUGCAUGCAUUAAAUGCUGCAUUUUUGACCUUAAUAUAUCACAUCGCUAUUGGUAUACACCGUCUUCUAUUUCAUCCCUUGAGAAAAUAUCCCGGCCCCCUUACUGCAAAACUGUCAGGCUUUUACGGUGCCUACUAUGCUUGGGGGCGCAACCUUCACCUCAAAACAUGGGAAGAUCAUAAAAAAUACGGUCCUGUGGUUAGGCAAGGACCUAACAAGCUUGUGUUUAACUCAGCCGGUGCUCUACGAGAUAUAUAUCAAAAUGAACGAAUCACAAAGUCUCGUGCUUAUCUCAUUGCACAACGGGCACCCAGUGUCUGGGGCCUCUUCAGUACUAUGGACAGACAGAUGCAUCAGAAGAAACGCAAGCUCCUUGGCCCAGUAGUCGGCAAUCGGUCGUUGCAAGCGUUCGAGCCUACUAUGAUAGACCAAGUCGAUAUUUUCCUCCGUAAUUUACUUCUAUCAUGCCAAGAUAAUUCUUCCACACCUGUCAACAUGACAGAGAGAUUCAGUUACUUGACCAUGGAUAUCAUGAGUCAUUUUGUAUUUGGAUAUCCCCUAAAUCUCCAAUCGGAGACGGUUCAUCGGUUCAUGACUCGUUCUACCCCGAACAUAUUCCUCAAUGUUGCCUUGCAGUUACCUUUCUUGAGCAAGAUUCCUGUGUCGUAUUUUCGACACAUUCGGGCCCUGUUAAGGGGAAGUCAAUACCACAAUACCCAAACAAAGAUGAUCAAGGCACGCCUAGCCAAGAGUUCGCAUGCCAAGCAAGAUCUUCUUUACAUGUCAGAUACCUUGCAGAUACCCGAGGAUGACAAUACGUUCAUUGAAGAGGCUCGGUCCGAGGCUACGUUCAUUCUCCUAGCAGGGAGUGACACUAUGUCAACUUGUCUUAGUGCAUUAUUCUUCUAUCUUUCAAGGAAUACACGAUGCUACCAGCGACUUGUCAGCGAGAUCCGAUCUACAUUUCGUAAUGGUGGCGAAAUUCGGAGCGGGUCACGUCUUGCAAGUUGUCGCUAUUUACGCGCAUGUCUUGACGAGGCUCUUCGGAUGUCUCCGCCGAUACCCGGCACUCUUUGGAGAGAACAAGUACUAGAGAGCUAUAGUGGUACAGACCCACUGGUUAUCGACGGUCACAUCAUACCUCCGGGGACCGAAGUUGGCGUGAAUACAUACGCCCUUCACCACAACGAAAACUACUUCCCAGAGCCAUUUGAAUUCAAGCCAGAACGGUUCCUCUCUGGUGACGUCGACAUAGAUAAACGUGCUUACGAAGGAUUCGCCCCCUUUUCUAUAGGCCCGCGUGGAUGUAUUGGGAAAUCUAUGGCCUAUACAGAAGCGAGCAUAAUCGUAGCCAAAACGCUUUGGUAUUUCGAUUUUGAGCAAGCGCAGGGCGAGGCGGGCGAACUGGGAAAGGCGAAGUCCUGUGGACUUGGCCGUAUGGAAGAACGGAUUGCUGAGUAUCAUAUCCGUGAUGUAUUUGCUACUGAACAUGAUGGACCUUGCCUUAAUUUCCGCCCGCGAGAACACUACGCACACGAUCUCGGGAAGGUUCCUUGAUUUCGGAUACGGGUACGUCAUUCAAGCGAGGUGUUGGAGUACUUCGCAUAUCCCCCUUGGCGAUGGGAAUUUGUAUGUAUGGCAAUAUGUACCUAGUAAUUAUUUUUAUGUAUAAAUGAUUAAGAUUGCGAUAGAUUAAUUAUUUUGCGUACCACAG